AUGGCUCCCGUUAUUGUUCUUUCACCUACACCUGGCUUAUCACCAUACGGAAGCGCCUUACUCGAAAAGCCUUCUAAUUUAUUAUUAGUGCCACCUCAUAAAAAUUACUUUAGACGUUCUACAAACAGUCUUCCUGAUACCCUUAACACUGCAAUGAAAUUGAAUACCGAAGAGAGUGCCAUUUUGUUAAAAGAUAUCAGUAAUAAACCUUCCUCUAUAACUGAAACAAAGUGUGUCAAGUCAAAAACAAAUAUGUCACAACCUACCGCUCGACAACGUCCUUUCACGUGGUCAAGAUAUAAAAAUGUUUCACCAACUCCUAGUUCGGCUUCUUCACGACGAACUCAAAUAGAUAAGUUACCAAAUUCUUUUGAAGAAAUUUUAAGUACAACUCAUAGAACUGAAAGAGAAGUUAAGGCAUCUCUUUCAAAGCUCAGAAGAAUGAUUCUUUUAGAGGGUUUGCCCGAAGAGAAUCUUCCAAAAUUGGCCCCGUCUGUUCAAAAUUUAAUCAGACCUACUUCUAUGCGUUCGAGUGUUUGGAAGCAUUUGCUUGGUGUUUAUCAUGUAUCUGCCAAUGAAUAUAUCCGCCUUAUACAAAAAGGAAAGUCUUGUGUUUAUGAUAAGGUCCGAAAUGAUACGUUCAGGACUCUGGCCACUGAUAAAAAAUUUCUAGAACGAGUCAAUGAAGAUAUGUUAAUUCGUGUAUUGAAUGCUUUUGUCUGGAAAAUGAAACCAUCCACUAUUUGUGGAAAUCAAAAAGUUACAUAUGUUCAGGGAAUGAAUGUUCUUGCUGCACCGUUCUUAUUCACCAUGUCGGAAAUAGACGCAUUCUUUUCUUUUGCUACGUUUAUUCAGACUUGCUGUCCUUUAUAUGUUACACCCACACUUCAAGGUGUUCAUUGUGGGCUAAAGCUCUUGGAUAAAUGUCUUCAAAUUAUUGAUUCCAAAUUAUUCAAUCAUCUAAAAUCAAAAAAUCUUACUGCUGAAAUUUAUGCUUUUCCUUCUGUACUUACAUUGUGUGCAUGCACACCUCCUCUAGAACAAGUCUUGAAAUUAUGGGACUUCCUGCUUGCAUAUGGUGUUCAUUUAAACAUUCUAUGUGUCAUUGCACAACUCAUCUUGAUGAGGGAUCAAUUGCUAGAAGCACCAAGCCCAAUGAAAUUAUUGAGGACAAUGCCAGAAUUAAACGCCAAGCCUAUCAUAAAUUUAACUGUUCAACUUGCUCAACAAAUUCCUGAUGAAUUAUAUGAUCAACUUGUUAAACAUCCAUUUGAUCCGUCUGUUGCUGCCAGCUUAUCUAACGAAUUAUGA